CUUUAGUCUCCCAUAUCAAUUCCCAGUCAUUAACCUCGGCGCCGUCAAUAAUCCUGCUGAAUCAACUGAUGCACCCUCCCAGAAUUGGUGUCUGAGUACAUGAUCCUCUCCUUGUUGAAGCGAAGCACUUCAACCGUCCGCUUUCAUUCCACCAUGGCUCCCAUCGGUGUCAAGGUCGCAGCCAAUGACUUUUUGGACUUUGUGAAUGCAUCACCCACUCCCUUCCAUGCUGUCAAGUCCGUCAAGGAACGAUUGACAAAGGUUGGCUUCAAAGAAAUCAAGGAGAAGGAUUCCUGGGCCUCCACCAUCAGCCCUGGCGGCAAGUACUUCCUCACACGCAAUGCGUCCACCGUUGUUGCCUUUGCAGUCGGAAAGAGAUGGAAGCCAGGCAAUCCAAUUGCCAUGAUUGGCGCACACACAGACUCGCCCACCCUUCGAAUCAAGCCGGUCAGCAAGAAACAGGGAGAUGGCUUUCUCCAAGUUGGAGUAGAGACCUACGGCGGCGGGCUAUGGCAUACGUGGUUCGAUCGCGAUCUCGGUGUUGCUGGGCGAGUCAUGGUCCGGGGAAGAGAUGGAAUAGUAGGCCAGAAGCUCGUCAAGAUUGACAAACCCAUUUUCCGAAUUCCUACCCUUGCCGUACACCUCGAUCGACAAGAAACAUUCAGCUUCAACAAGGAAACUCAACUUUUCCCCAUUGUAGGACUUAUUGCCGCAGAAUUAAAACGCCAGGACGAGAAGAAAGGACCCAGCUCUCCCAAGGACGAGGAGAUGGCAGAGUCCAAGCCGUUCACUCCACUCAAGGCCCUCACCACCAGACAUCAUCCUCACAUCGUGGAGCUUGUGGCGGCGGAUGCUGGCGUGAGCCCAGACGACGUGGUCGACUUUGAACUUGUCCUUUUCGACACACAAAAGGCCGUUAUUGGAGGCCUGACGGACGAAUUCAUCUUCUCAGCCAGACUCGACAAUCUCAAUCAAACAUAUUGUGCCACCAUGGGCUUGAUCAAUUCGGUCGAAUCAUCUUCAUCGUUGGAUGACGAGACUUCGAUCCGCCUGAUAGCAUGUUUCGACCAUGAAGAAAUUGGAAGUAUGACCGCACAAGGUGCAUUCUCAGUCAUGCUGCCCGCCAUCAUCCGCCGCCUGUCAGUCCUCAACCCAUCAGGCUUUGCCGAAGAGGGAUCAGAACAAUCAUACGUUCAUGCUAGCGACCCCGAAUCAUCCACAGCAUAUGAGCAAACCUUGUCAAGCUCUUUCUUGUUGUCCGCAGACAUGGCACACUCUGUCAAUCCCAAUUACGCCGGAAAGUACGAGUCAGACCAUCGACCCGAGAUGAACCAAGGUCCUGUGAUCAAGAUCAAUGCUAAUGCAAGAUAUGCAACAAAUUCGCCGGGCAUCGUUCUCCUCCAGGAAGUGGCACGCAAGGCCGCCAAGAUGAUCGAGAGCGACCCUGAAGGAGUGCCUCUGCAGCUCUUUGUGGUGCGGAACGACUCAAGUUGUGGAAGCACUAUUGGACCCAUGUUGUCGGCUCAUCUGGGAGCUCGAACCCUGGAUCUGGGCAACCCACAGCUGUCAAUGCACAGUUGUCGUGAGACUGGAGGUGCAGACGAUGUUCAUCACGCCAUUCGCCUGUUCACCAGCUUCUUCCAACAUUACUCUGCGUUGGAGAAGACAAUUUUGGUUGACUGAUGUAUUGGCAUUUGGGAGCAGAGGGCGCCUUGGUGGGGAGGAGUUUUUGUAGACGCAACGAUAGUUUCAUUCGAGGCGGAGAUUGACGAGUAGCAAGACCACGUAUGCUAGGGGAGGCAUGUACAUGUAUAUAUAAGAAGACACUCAUGGGGAUAGGACUGACACCCUGUGGACUAUCCCUCCUGCAGAUCUCAUGUACGAUCGGAGAAUUUAUGGAGGACUGGUGACUGGAUGUGGGAUGGGAAAGGAGCGAGUGGAUGAGAUCUCAUCUCCAAAUUUCUCCACCGUUAGAAAUAUUAGAAAUAUGGCUCAAGCUCAACCACGUAACCAAAAGAUAAUCUCAGUAACCCAACCAUCA